AAAUUACAUGACGGUAGACUAAGGGUGAGAUUCGCUUUUGUUCCAAAACAGAACUAACAUGGAAAGUGACAGUGAUCGAAAGGCAAACCCACCCAAAAGGCAGAUCUUUAUCCUCUCCGGUCAAAGCAACAUGACCGGUCGCGGCGGUGUAAUCAAGAACCCCCACCACACUCCCAACAAGCGAUGGAACGGUGUCGUUCCACCAGAGUGCAGUCCCGACCCUUCAAUCCUCCGUUUCAGCGCCGCCUUGAACUGGGAGCAAGCACACGAGCCCCUCCAUUUCGACAUUGACACCAAGAAAGUCUGCGGCAUAGGUCCAGGCAUGGCGUUCGCCAACGCAAUCCGGAAGUGUGUACCCGACGAGUUAGGCCUCGUUCCCUGCGCUGUUGGCGGCACUGCAAUAAAGGAAUGGGCACGUGGGGAGGAGUUGUACGAAAACAUGGUGAAGAGAAUCAAAGAAAGCGUAAAGGGAGACGAAAGUGCAGAGAUCAGAGCAUUGUUGUGGUUCCAAGGAGAGAGUGACACAUCAAACGAAGAUGACGCAGAGGCUUACAAACUCAACAUGGAGAAUCUAAUCUACAAUAUUCGACAAGAUCUAAACUUGCCAUCGCUUCCAAUAAUUCAGGUUGCAUUAGCAUCAGGGUUUGAAUACAUUGAGAAAGUGAGAGAAGCGCAGAAAGCGAUUAAUAUUCCGAAUGUGAUUUGUAUUGAUGCAAAGGGGUUGCAAUUGAAGGAAGAUAAUCUUCACUUGAACACAGAAGCUCAGAUUAAAUUGGGUCACAUGCUGGCUGAGGCUUUUAUUACUGUUUAUCAGAAAAUUAAUAGUUGAAUUAAACCCUAGUUUUGAAAGGGAAGAAGAAGGGUUUUUUCAAAGCACUCUAAUUUUUUUAAAGACAUUGUAAUAGCUGGUUUCGAACUGGAUCUGCAAAAAAUAUUGGAAUCUUCUAGAGUUGGAGAUUUGUUAUUAUAUAUUGAUGGAUCUUGUUUGUUUGCUGUGA